CCAACGCCGACGUCGUCCAUUGCCAACGAGCGCGCCAAUUGAAUCGCGUGUCCGCUGCGUCCGCUGCGACUGCUAAGAUCGCUCAGUGUGCGUUCGCGCCGAAAUGAUAUAUUUUGGACCCUCUUAUGUGUGUCAUAAAAGUAUUUCAUUAUAUAAUAAAUGGUAACGUGAGAUCUUUUGCAAGAUGCGUCGAAUAGACUUGCUUCUGGUGGCGGUUGUGUUACUUAAAAGUUUAAAUGCGCAAGAGGAAAUUAUUACAGUGGAAGCUGUGGUGGGGCAGAGCACGGAGCUGCCGUGCAACGUGACAGCAGAAAACGAAGGAGAUAUACUCAGGAUCAUCGCCUGGUACAGAGAUGGCUCGCCCACAGCAUUCUAUAGUCGCGACCUGCGUGGCGACAAUAGCGACGUGCUGUCCCCUGGCGGUCGCUACAAACUUAUCACCUCGGAAGACGAGACCGAAGAGCGGCUGCAGAUCCUCGCUGUGCGACCGUCUGACGCCGGACAGUACUACUGCUUCGCCGACUUCGAGUCGAGUCGCGCACACAAAACUUAUAUCACAUUGGAAGUUAUAGAGCCGCCUCAGCGUUUGUGGGUGAUUCACGAAAACGGGACGCGCGUGACGACGGCCAGCGCGGGCGCCAACACCAGCAGGAACCUCGGGCCAUACUACGUCGGUGACACCGUGCAUCUAUUCUGUGUCGUCUUUGGAGGCAAGCCGCAGUCGUCGCUGUCGUGGUGGGCGGGUCCUCGGCUGCUGAAGAACACCACGACGCCGCUGUCGGAGCAGCGCGUGCGCGGCGACCUGCUGUACGGGCCCCUGCGACGCGAGGACCACGGCCGCCUGCUCACCUGCCUCGCCAACAACAACGACAGGACUCCGCCACUCUCCAUUGACAUCACUAUUGAUAUGUAUCUACCGCCGGAGCUGGUGAUGAUGCGGGUGAGCGGGGAGGAGGGCGAGGCGCUGUCGAGCGGGCGCGUGCGUGCGGGCCGGCCGCUGCGCGCGCAGUGCCGCGUGUUGGGCGCGCGUCCGCCGCCGCCCGUGCUCUGGUGCCUCAACGCCACACAGAUACAUAACCUCGACCAGAACAUCACCCGAGAGCCGGCGCAGCGGCUGGUGGUGAGCGAGGUGCAGCUGUCAGUGAGCGCGCAGCACGACGAGGCGCUGCUGACGUGCUGCGCGCCGGCCAGCUCGCGCACCGCUCCCCGCCUCGUCUGCGCUCAGCCACUGCCGCUCACUGUGCUCUAUCCUCCGCAAUUACAAAUAGUUGUGGAGGGAGAAGUGGAGAACAACACUCUGACUGCUGUGAAGGGCACCAAUUUGACCAUCAACUGCAGCUACGAGGCAAACCCGUCCGUGUACCAAGUCACCUGGUUCCAUGGGGAUGAUCUGGUGAACCAGAAGUACGAUCACGAGGAGUCAUCGAUCAAGCCGACGUUAGAACUGAGGGAGAUAUCAGAGUCUGAUGCGGGGGAGUACGUGUGCGCCGCCACCAACAACGAGGGCUCUGCGUACAGUGACCCCAUUCUCAUUGAUGUCACUUACCCAGCGUAUUGCGAAGAUGAAACGAUAGCAGAGUACGGCGUGGCAGAAGAUGACAGUAUAAACAUAACAUGCAGUGUGAGAUCAAACCCAGCGCCGAGCUCGUACCGCUGGGCAUUCAUCAGCGAGACGAUGGACGCCAACAAACGUCGCAACAAUCAGACAUACAACGUCGAGACUGAAGAGUCCACGCUCACGUACAGAAGACCUAAUGACACCUCCUAUACAUUGAUACGUUGCUGGGGUCUGAACAAUGUGGUGGGUAGCGGCUUACCGCAGACCAAGUGCUCCUUCCUGGUCACGGACGAGACCGCGCCGCGCCCGCCCUCCGCCUGCAGAGCCGUCAAAUAUGAGAACGAAAUCACUGUCACUUGUGACAAGGGACAUGAUGGUGGCUUGCAACAGAAAUUCAAAUUCAACGUAUUUUCUUCGGACUCCGAGGAACAAACUCUGUCGAUUAUAAAUCAAGAGCCUAAGUUCAUAAUUCAAGAGCCGAAAGAAGAGACGUAUAAGUUUGUCGUGGUAGCGUUCAACGCUAAAGGAGAGAGCAGUACAGUCGAGAUAGACAAAGAGAGCAUUAUUGAUGAAACUGAAGGUGAGAUGGGUCCAGUGAGCGCGGUGAGCAACAUAACCGCGCUGGCGCUGGCACUAUGCGGCGGUGUGCUGCUGCUGGCGCUGGCGGCGUGCGGCCUCGUGCUGUGUGCGCACGAGCGCGGCGCCCGGCACGACCUCCCGCGCGCGCACUCAGACCCCCCACUCUGCGCCUAUAGCACUGAGGAUACAAACUGUGAGACGUAUCACGACAGCGAGGAGGGCGAGGGCAGCGAGUGCAACGUGCGGCGCACGGACUCGUUCCGGCGCGCCAUCUCGCGCUAUCCCAGCAAGAACUACGACGUGCGGCGCACCGGCUCCUUCCACUCGGCGCGAUACGUGCACGAGCUGGGCGAGGCGGGGGGCCGAGCGGGCGGCGGCGCGGGCGGGGGCGGGGGUGACGGGCUGCGCCACAGCGCCAGCUGCAGGAUGCACUCCAUGCAGAACGUCAGCAGGAAGCGAGACAUGGAUGCCCUCUGCGAUCAUCUAGUCAUGCAUCUACCCCCAGAAACUAAUUAUAACGUCGCUAAACCGAUGAACACAUUUUACACGAUGCCGAGAAAAAUGCGACACAAACUAGCAAAGGAGCUGAGCGACGAAACAUCUGAAAUAACGCAAACCUCCGACGGAUUUUCUCUACCACCGCCGCCGGACGAGUUCGGAACGUAUCGAGCCGCCACCAAAAUCAAAGACAUGCCCAUCAAGUCCACGCCAACGUACACGACUAUCGUUAGGAAGAGUCCCUCGGGCAAGGAGAUAGGGAAGCAUCAAACCAUAUCUCCUAACACUAUAGGCCUGCCGACUGUCAGCGGUACUCAAAAUAGUCUUUAUACGUAUCCCGAUUACGACAGCCAAGGUAACCCCAUUAAUACAAACCCUUUUGACGAUUCUUCGUAACCAUUGCUGAUCGAUGACACGCGAGAGAGACGAUGAGGGAUGCAUCAAUUUAGACAAUGGACACACUAUGAAAAGGAAAUUAGUUUCACUACAAAAAAUAAAGGCACACAACAAAUAAUUAUAGUGCAUCCCUUAGUAAGUAUUAGAUCAAGUAUACACUUAAAAGAAAUCUUAGUAUUUUAAUAAUUUACCAAAGUUUAUCUAGUCCUUUAGG